AAAUCCAACGGUGGACAGUGGUCCGAUUUCCUCUGGCCAAAGUAUACCAAACACUUCACAUUUGACGAGGUCGGACGAUCCGGAUGCUCACCUGCUCCUUCCCCCGUUGAUCCUAGUCGUUGCUUUUCGAGGACUUGCUCGCUAUUUAAUCGCGCAGCUCAAUUCUUCUCCUCCCCGACUCUUUUUCUUCUUCAAUAAGGAGGGUUUGUGAGGAGAUCGGAAGCAAGCAAGGCAUUCUUGUGCAAGGAGACUGCGGUUUGAACACUCGUGGGUGUGAUUUUCUUCUCGCUCGAUCGACUGCGGUCAUUUUGAGCCCGAGUUUGAGGGUUUUGCGUUUCAAUUGGCCUUGAAAAUGACGGAAAAAGAGAGAGAAAACCAUGUGUACAUGGCAAAGCUUGCUGAGCAGGCCGAACGAUAUGACGAAAUGGUGGAGUCAAUGAAGAAAGUUGCCAAAUUAGAUGUUGAGCUGACAGUCGAGGAAAGGAACCUGCUUUCAGUUGGCUACAAGAAUGUCAUUGGGGCACGGAGAGCUUCAUGGCGCAUCAUGUCAUCCAUUGAGCAAAAAGAAGAGGCAAAGGGCAAUGAUGUUAAUGUUAAACGCAUCAAGGAAUACCGUCACAAAGUUGAGGAUGAGCUUUGCAGGAUUUGCAAUGACAUUCUCACAAUCAUUGAUGAGCAUCUUAUCCCAUCUUCCGGCACUGGAGAGUCCACAGUCUUCUACUACAAGAUGAAGGGAGAUUAUUAUCGUUAUCUUGCAGAGUUCAAGUCUGGAAAUGAAAGGAAAGAAGCUGCAGAUCAAUCUCUCAAAGCUUAUCAGGCAGCUUCAAAUACAGCAACAACUGACCUUCCUCCUACCCAUCCUAUCAGACUUGGUCUGGCAUUGAAUUUCUCAGUGUUCUACUAUGAAAUUCUAAAUUCUCCUGAGAGAGCCUGCCAUUUGGCCAAACAAGCAUUUGAUGAAGCAAUUGCAGAGCUUGACACUCUUAGUGAAGAGUCCUACAAAGACAGCACAUUAAUCAUGCAACUACUGAGGGAUAAUCUUACGCUCUGGACAUCUGAUUUGCAGGAAGAAGGGGGUGAAGAUCAGGCUAAAGUGGAUGAUGACAAGAUAGAAGAACUUGAGCACUAGCACUGAGUGCAGGAUUCGCAUGCAACUGCCGUGGUGGUUUUUUGCUUUGAGGCAGUUUAUAAUAUCAUUCAUAGUUUUAUAGUACUCAAUGUUGGUCCUAAUAUUCUAUGCAUGGGACUGAACGUCUGUAUUCAUGAUUUAUAUCAAGUUGUUCGCUUGAAUCAAAAUGUCUUUAGAUUGUGUUGGAACUUGGAAGUGCAAUUACCUUUGUGCUUACAUUCAUCGUAUAAGCACUUUUGUUUUUCCAUUAACAUGUGCAUUAAAAGGUGAUGCGGUGUCUUCUGGGGACAAUGGCUUCAAUAUAUAGUGUUUCACAUUUGUCCCAAUUAUGUUGGUACGGUACUUUAUUUUUUUACCCUUGAUGUCAGCUGGUCUUGUCCAGAGUUUAAAGUUGCUUGCUUUCUUGUCCAGAGUUUAAAGUUGCUCGCUUUUCGUAAAAGCAGGAAUUUUUAAACUUUGGAAUGAAGAUUUAACAGCUUUAUAUAUCUCAUAGUGGACCAAUGUUAAGAUUGCUCAGAAGUUGAGAUGUUUUUCUGUGUUA